AUGGUCGAGUUGAGCGACAUUAUUAAUGGCCAGAUUGACAUCUAUUCAUUUUUAUCGCUCGAACAGGGAUCAUCGGAGCUAGAAAUCAAGAGACUGUACAGAAAGAAGGCUCUUGAGUACCACCCCGAUAAGAACCCAAGCGAAGAUGCAAAGGCAAAGUUUCAUUUAUUAUCGCAGAUUUAUGAAAUACUCACCAAUGAUCGCUUGAGAGGCGAGUACGAUCGCAUACGACAGCUCAAAUUGGAUAAAGAAGCAAACUAUCAGAAACUUAAUGCAGAAACUAGGCGCUUCAGAGAAGAGCUAGAGAGAGCGGAACAAGAACACAGAUUUAAUACCACCGGAGUCUUUGAGUCGAGCUCCAGCGACUUUGCAAGGCGAAAUGAGAUUGAGAGAAAAGCUGAGCUAUUGAAAGAAGAAGGAUUAAAGAUGAGGAGGAUGAAGGAGCAGCAAAAGAUGACGGCACACAGCCAAACCAAGAACCAGGGAAGAGAUCUGACUGUUGAUCCAUACAAGUCCUACAAAGACUUGGAGAGUCCUCCGAUUCAGGUCAAGUUGUCAGAUGCAGAUGGUGUUGGAAAGGUUGAAUCCUCCAGGGGUGAAUAUUCCUCCUCUUCGCCCACCCGUGUGAUCGUCAAGUGGAAAUUCAAACCGGAACUAAAGGGCCUCAUCAGCGCAGAUGUACUUGCCCAGAUCAUGUCUAUAUUUGGACUGGUGCUUUCCGUAUCGAUUAUUGCUUCAACAAAGAAGAACCCCAGGUACGACUCGGCUGCGGUUGACUUUGAAAAGUUCGAGGAUGCCUUGAAAGCUACGAGGCACAACUACAAAGAGAGUGCUAGGCUCUGGGAUGGUACCAGCGUGAGGAAAUUGUCGAGCUUACUUCGAGAGUGUGUGUUUGAGGAAACAAAAGGCAAUGCUGACCCGUCAACGACUUUUAUUCCUGAGCAGGAGAUGUCGUACUUGGCAGAUCGACUCGAGAAAUCGAAGCACGCAUACUUGAAAAGAGAAUUGAAGGAGAUAGAGAGUGGGAAGGGUCUGGAGGAUGAACCGUUGAGGCGGGUAUUGAAAAGGCUAUCGGAAUCAAACUAA